CUUGAACUCAAUCUAGCCUCGGCUUCUACCCCACAGUGCCCACACCGGCUUCCAUCCAUGCCGUCGUAGGUCUGGUCAGUUUUCCCGGAGAAAUCCCAGAGUCUUGGCUUGAAUGGCGUAAAGGAAAGAAGUUGUUUGUAUUGCGCGGUUGCGGUACUUCCCAGUUCAAUUGACGACGACCUCGGCACCAAUCUUCACUUCUUCGCCAGCAAGCAAAAUGGGUGGACCAAAUUUAGAAGUCUUCAAGUUCGCCAUGUACAUAUCUUUCCCAAUCGGCAUCAUGUAUUAUUUCGGUACCAAUCUUGAUGGACGUUUCAAAGUCGAUAACUUCUGGCCGUCACAAGAGCAAACGUACAAGAUCCCCUUCGAGAGAGAGGAGAUAGAUAAGGAGCUCGCAAGACUAAAAGCAAAGAGACUCAAGAUCAGAGACGAGCGAUUAGCGCAGGAAGCAAGGGCGAAAGAGCUAGCCGAAGCACAAGGUCUACGCACGCAAGACCAGGAGUCAAGUUGAAGAAUUUCGCCUCCGAAUGUAAUGACAAUAGUCCUGCAUAGUGGGAAACAUUGGCGUUCAUGGUUUUGUCAGGGAAAAGGGCAAACGGGGAGUAGACCGCACUUCUGCGGCUCUAUGUACAGUACUGUAUAUAUCUACACUUUUUGCUGAAUGCAUUAAUCAACCGCAUUCACUGGCGGGCUUCCUUUUA